AAUUCUUCUUCUUCAUCAGACUGGACUGGAAUGAUUGAUUGACUCCACGAGAUUUAAAGAAGAUACUGUGGCCUACUGUAUAAGGCAGAACAAGAUUGUUGUCGAGUCAAAGAGGGUGCAGAUUUCCUCAUAGGUACAUCAUCAUGUCUACAGAAUCUCCCAGCUCCACGUGUACUCACAGUGCCAACAAGUCCCUGACAACGACACCAGCCCCUCAGAUCUCCUCCCUACGCACCUGUGAGCCUCCAGGGUCCUCCCUCCAGCAGAUGGUGCACUCACAGUGUCAUGACAGCAGUUCUGUGUCAUUUACCACUGCCCAGCGUGAGAAAGAAAGCGCCACCUACAGACAGAGAAAUGCCGCUGCAGAGACCUGCAGGAGGCACAGCAUUGAUGGAGCCAUGGUAACACAGAGUCAAAGGUCAAACUUAGAGUCAGUGUCAGCUGACCGCUUCCACCCCUACCGUCGUCAGUUCAGCAACGGUGGGGUUGCCACUGGUUGGCUGGCCCCUGGUCCCCCUGGUCCCCCUGGGUCUCAUCCCUUCAUCAGUCGUGGAGAGGUGGAGUCUCCAGAUGGCUUCACAGACACAUCAACCAGUGAGGAACAGACAUGCUGGGAUAGAUACAACGGGAGUUUCCAGGCUUCCAGACUGAUGUUGAUCACAAUGCUGCCAAUGAGUUUCCUCAGAUUUCAUUACUUGUAUAAUGCAUUUAUAUUCAUUCAUUCCCUUCAUUCAACACAGCAGGGCUCCCAGCACUCUUACCCAGAACCACUGGCUGCACCCAAGGAACCUUCCUGCUUCCUGUCCCAAGGCCAUGCCUCCUACAGCCCCCUAGCCCCACUGCAGCAGUUCUCACCAGGUGUGUAUUCUACCAGUGGAAAAUCCAAAAGUUCUCAGUACUCUCUCCAGUGCCUCUCCACUCCAACCCAUCAGGACAGUAGCAUGCAGUCCCUCUUCCCCAAGCCCAUCUACUCAUACAGCAUUCUGAUCUUCAUGGCUCUGAGGAACAGUAAGACAGGGAGUCUCCCGGUUAGUGAGAUCUACAGGUUCAUGACUGAACACUUCCCCUACUUCAAGACGGCUCCAGAUGGAUGGAAGAACUCGGUCCGCCACAAUCUGUCUCUGAAUAAGUGCUUUGAGAAGGUGGAGAAUAAGAUUGGCAACUCUUCCCGUAAGGGCUGCCUGUGGGCCCUCAACCCAGCCAAGAUAGAGAAGAUGCAGGAGGAGCUACACAAGUGGCGCCGCAAAGACCCCCUCACGGUCCGCAAGAGCAUGGCCAGGCCAGAGGACCUGGAUCGCCUGUUGGGGGAAAGACCAGGGAAUCUGAAAUCUUUACCUUUUUACCACCAGACCCAACUGGCAAGAUCCACCACAAACUACAACCCUACCCCUUCCUCCCUCACUUCAUCCCAGCCUCCAGAGCCCUGUCGUCAUCUCCAACGUCCCCUCUACCCCCACAUGUCCCCCACCACCCCCCACCCCUUCUCCUUCUACUCCCCCUGCGGACAGCAGCCUCCAUCAGGUAUCCCUCCCAAUGUGGGUACCUUGGGUUCCCCUUUGGCGGAGCAGACACCCUCCAACUGUAGCGCCACCAUACAGGCAGAGUAUAAAUUUGGGCCCAGGAGCAUGCAGGAGCUACAGCUAGAGGGAGAUGCUAUUAACGAUAUCGACACGCUCAACCCCAGCUUGACUGACCUGCAGCUCCACGGUUACUUGUGGGAGGAGCUGAGAGAGGACAGCCUGGCUCCUGAUUCGCUGGUAGCAAUCAGUCCCUCCUCGUCCCCCUCAUCUUCCCAGCCAACACACUUCCUCCUGGGGUCAAGUCUGAGGAGCACCUGUCCUGUCAACCAGACAUCAGAGUUAAUCUCUGUCGGGCUGGGGAAGGAGGAGGAAGAAGAAGAUGAGGAGGAGAUGGACGGAGGAUGUGGAGGUCCAUCAGACCUACAUAUUAAUGGACAGUACCACACAGCCUACACAGGUGUGGAGAGUUUAGCUGGUUACCUCACUUCCAUGGGGAACUCCCCCAUACCUUUGCUUUGAAGCCCAGGAAUAGACUGGGGUUGUGAAGGUCAAGACUUAUCACAAUGUAGCAAUGAAACAGCGACAAUAUUGUGCACAGUUUGAUCACAACCAAACAUCAUAUUUUUGCUUUGCUUUGAACCUGCAGAGCUUGUUGGUUCAAUUAGUCUACAAUUAGCCUAAAUCAAAUCUGUGAGCGUGUAGGGGUUCAGGUUUUAUCACAAUUGCAUUAACAAUAUGUUUUUAUUCAUGUCAUUGACUGUGGCUGGGUCAAAUUCAAAACUUGACAUUCAAAAAGCUCAUGACACUGUUCAGUGAAUAGGAGUAGAGUGCAGUACCACCUAACUUCACACAAGAUGGCAGCAGAGAGCUGUAGUGACUUAUUUAAUGGAACUUUAGAGUUGUUGAUAGAAAUACAGCGCUGGUGACAUUUCUUCCUUAUUCUACACUACAGAGAAUCAUAUCUGUUCUACACAACAUAUUUCUAUGUUGAACAUUUUGUGAAGUAUCUUUCUCCUGAAUAAGCCCCCUGGUGUGAUAUGUUCCCGCUUUUUCAAUUUGCAUUUUAUUCAGUUUAUGGUGACAAGAGAUGAUUCAAGCCAUCUGGUUUUUAGCUCAAAGCUAAUGAAUGUAAUUACAAAAUUUGUCUUAGCAUAAUUUCUGAUACGAAACAGGGAACAUACGCACUGUUAACUCAAUUAAUUUUCUUUCUAGAAAUAGUUUUCAAAGCUUUCUAGCUAAAUUACCAUUCAGGAUGGAAGUCAAUCUCAAGGCAGAGCCAGACAAUUGUUCUCAGACCUCCCUCUAGUUCCUGUAAGUCCUAUCUAAUAAUUUAGGUUCCAUAAAUAUGAAAGUGAAUAAGGUGACAUCACCUUACCAGGAACAAGUUUUGAGAGUGUGUUUUAGUCAUAGCAUGUGUGAAAAGGCCCUUUUUCUUGUAUGGAAUAACUGAGUAUAUAGUAAACUGUGUUUGAUUUAUAGCUCUUAAACUGAUUCAUGAUUUGAUAUUCUAGUCUAGGCA